UCAACGUCUUCAUAUAUAUAUACAUAUAUACGUAUCUCUAAUCUCUCUCUUAACACGUUUCUUUGUUUCUUUCCUGGUUUCAGACAUAGCCAUUGUUGAACUUGAAGCCUUUCUUCAUUUAUAGCGGUAGAUCAAGAAACAUGACAAACCGUCCGCAUGUUCCAAAGUUUGGGGACUGGAGCAACCAAGACCAGCCAUUCACGGUCGUGUUCGAUAACGCGAGGACGAACAAACGAGCAGACUUAUACGAAUCUUUAGAGAACUCAGAUAUCAAAACUCCUCCUCAGCCUGCUCCUAGAAUUCCACGACCCGAACCACCAAAACCAGCUAGGGAGGGCACGCCAAGAGCGCCUCCACCAACCGAGAGAAACAAAGUCAGAGCUCCUCCUGCUGACCAGCUCUACGGCGGAGGCAGAGAUGGAGGCGGAUUAUACGGAGGUUAUGUAGGUGGAGGUGGAUCAGGAAACCGGCAGCAACACGCUCCUCCUCGUCCCGCACAGACACAGCCUAGACCCAAUCUUAGAGGCGGCAGCAACGGAAGGGGAGGGACGACGAUUCCACCAUUUCCAGGGUCAGUAGGUUCAGGGGAGAACAUGAGUUACACACACAUUUUCGACCAAGUCAAAGAAGAGAGGCGUGAAGGUGCCAGACCCUACGGUGGAACAGCCGGCAACACUCCAUCUCGCCCCAUCAACAGUCAACAUGAAUCUCCCUCCACAAACUCCUCCAAGGUCUGCUGCUUCCCAUGGGGGCGAAAGGGAAGUAAAUACUGAAGACAAUGUACAUAUUCUUUGACAUAUCUCUUUAUGUCUUUUGGUUAUUUUUUCUUUCUUUUUUUUUUGUAACAAAAGGAGUGGUUUUUGUUGUGAACAACGUUGGAGAAAUCACUACUAAAUAUAGUAGUGUGUUUUGGUUGUGUAGUUUAUCAUUGUUUAUCCAUUUCUCAAGAAAAAACUUGCGUAUGAAAGUAAAUGUGCAGACUGUAUGUUUUCUA